AAAAUUAGCAGUUAAUUAUGGCCCAUUCUGUGCGAGUAGAACGCAGUAUACAUGAGAUGCUGAAGGAUGCACCGUCCAUGAAUGAAAGCGACAAUGCUGUGCAUACAGGAACUGAGGAUUCAAGUAGCUGUCCACCCCCUUUCAAGUCACCACCCACAAGCUUGUCUCUUAGAAACCAUUCAGCUCCCACAACGCCUAUGUCUCCUAGAAGUCCACUCAAUGGCAGUGUAGAUACCAGCAUACUGCGAACCGGUGCCUCGAAGAUUGAUAGUAUAAAAAAUUGGAGUAUAUCAACAUACAAAUGCACACGACAAAUAAUGCUCGAAAAGUUAGGAAAAUCUCAGCGCACUGUGGACUCAGAGUUGGAGGCCCAUAUUGAACAGUUGCGCGAUACACAGCGCAAAUACCUUUCUGUUUUACGUCUGGCCAGAGCGUUUAGUUCACAUUUUCAUCAUGUAGUCGUCACUCAACACGCGCUGGCCGAUGCCUUUGCAGACCUGGCGCAAAAGAAUCCAGAGCUUCAAAAGGAAUUUACUUGUAACUCGGAAACCCAACGAUCAUUAACCAAAAAUGGCGAACUUCUGCUGAAUGCCCUCAACUUCUUCAUAUCAUCAGUGAAUACAUUGUGCAAUAAAACAAUUGACGAUACUCUGCUCACAAUUAGGCAAUACGAAACUGCCAGAGUUGAGUUUGAUGCAUAUCGCAUGGAUUUGGAAAAUAGCAAACCUGAGAUACCUCAGUCGUCGACAACAGAGGACUUACAGAAGAAUUACACACAACACAAGGAACUUUAUGAAAAAUUAAGAGAUGAUGUCGCCAUUAAAAUGCAGUUUUUGGAUGAGAAUAGAAUUAAAGUAAUGCAUAAGCAGUUGGUGCUUUUGCACAAUGCCAUCUCAGCUUACUUUUCUGGAAAUGCAACCGCACUUGAAACAACACUGAAACAAUUCAAUAUAAAGUUAAAAUCUCCUAAUUCCGUAACAGGGUCUUGGCUGGAACAGUAGUAAUCCGUUUAACCGGAAGUAUAUUCUAAAAUAUUCCUUGAAAAGCAAAACCAAAAGUAUUUUCUCUUGUCCAUUCAUAUAUUCUUAUGGUUAAUUAACUAAAAAAAACGAAAAAAAAAACAUAAAAUGAAUAAAA